GGGGGGUCUGAGUGAGUUGGACGUCGAUCAAGUGCACUCAGCAGAAAGCAAUAUUAGGCUGUACUCUCACUCUGGCUGCCACAACGGCCCUCUUUCACGACGACCCGUUCUUCGCCCUGUUGAGAAAGGAGGUCUUUGGAAUGGCUAACCAGCCUCAAAGCUCUUCUCGUCCCUCCACCAGCCAUCAACACAACCCGUCUACCAACGGCCUCAACAAGCAUCCUUUCUUCGACGAGUCCAGAUAUGAGGAUCCGAGCUACGUGAGCCUUCCUUCGAAUGACAUGAACGCGUGGUAUUACCCUUCACACGGCUACGACUCUGACGCGGACGACGACGAGAUACGCUUCAAUCCUGCCAUUGGAAACUGGGGGAAGAAGUCUGUAAGAGAGGCCAGAUGGAUACGGAGGGGAAAGCAAGCUCCUUGGGGGCCGGGGAUCGAGGAGUGGCAGGCUGAAGAACAUGCUCGCAAACGUAUCAAAUUGAUGCUACCCCCUAAACAGGACGAAGACGGACCCGUCACUCUCCCACACCUACGCUCACCGUCGCCUCCCAUUACUGCACCAUACCCUGCACCAGACACGCAACACUCGACAUACACGUCCUUUGUCAUGGACCCUUCUGUAACCCACACGUUCAGGUCACGUUUAUUAGACGAACUGGAAAGUGCAACUAACAAUCUGAUCGAAGGAGAGACCACCUUGAGACGCGCCUUGGGACGCCUCCUUCAGGUGCUUAAUGAGGAUCCAGAUAAACUAAAAGGUACAGACCCUGUGGUACCGAAACGCGAAGAUGAGGGCGAAGACGAGCGUGUCGACCCACAGUCACAAAGGCAUCCAGCACCUGAUCUUACACCUGCGAUAUACAAAAUCUUUUUGGAUUCGAUUCCCGACCCCUCCGCACCAUUGCUUGACCCUGCACAACCCACACAUCCGGACAUGGCAUUUGCAAGAAUGCAGAAAGCCAUGGCGGGAGUGAGGGAACUUCACGACGAUGGUCGCGAAUAUAUUGAGCGACUGGAAGAGAUCAGAGAGUACAUUGGGACAGCUAGAAUACAGAGGAGUGCAGUAUGGAACAUGGUACGGGAGAGAGCCUUGAAAGAGCUUCAGGAUGCGGCUUAUGCUUCAGCCGGAUGAUUUGCCACAUGGCUGGUGAUAUGCAUGUCGCUUGUGGAUGUCCUUCUUGUCUAACUUACUGAAAGUUUUCUGGACUCUUUCUGGACAUUGGUGUACAUUAUUGGUACCUUACUCGUGGAUUCCUACUAAAAUUCCUGCGAGGAAAUUACUUGGCUUAGGUGUGCCACCUUAAUGUUAAAAUCGGACGCAUUUCAAAAGUC